AACGUUUGUGGAGGCUUGAGGUUUAAUAAGAGAGGACAGUAAAAGGGUUUUGAGCUUGCGGCCAGUUUGGUUCAUAAGGAUAUUGGUAUUACAUUAUACAUAAUUGCUAGGUAACAUUACGUUUGUGGUGGAUUUGGUUCAUAAGGAUAUUGUUACCAGAACUUUUUUUAACACUUAAGUAUGGAGAAUUCGGUGUGUGUAAAAGGGGUUUGAGCUUGCGGAUCACCUCAUUAACAUCUCUUGGGAAGGCAGUAAUCAAACUUCAGCUGUACUGGUUUCAGGCCGUCCGUGCACGCAGGGCGUUCGAGGAUUGUUCUGCAGGGGGCAGAAUUCAUCCAUUUUCCAGCCAUUCGUCAAUCCUUUCGGUGUCUGCGGCUGUACGAUUGGGUUUCGGUGCCUCUCCCUUCAAUCGCGGUUCCAACUACGUACUUGCAUUUUCAAGAGGGUUUCGUCAAGUCGAGGGGUCAGGGAACUGACAUAUGUGGCCUGAUCAGAAUUGGAUUCGUUCAUCAGCCUCAAAUAGUGAAUUCUGAGGUCCCUUUCAAAGCUGAGAUUCCAAGUAAGUUAUCUUUCCCUAGCUUUUUCAACUUUGGUUUAGCAUUCAGGGGUGCUCAUUCAGGGGUGCCCAUGAUUUAGUUGUUGUGUUUAUUAAGCUUUCUCUGGAGGCAUUUUGGUCUGCUUCCAUGUCGACGGCCAUGAGAGUUUAUAGUGAAGCUUCAUUACUUCUAAAUUCCCUUGCAUGACUGUCUGAUUUAUCUUUCAGUUUUGCCUCAAUCUCAUCUUUCGGUUUUGCUUACAUAAGUGUGCUUUAUGAAUUUAUUUGCCUGUUUUCGCUCUAUGUAAUCUGCAUAUGAUUUCAAGUGUCCUGUCUUAUUUUCAACAGCUUAGUUAUGUUUGUUAGCAGAGCCUUUCAUAAUUAUAUGAAUAUUUGCAAGAGUUGCAAAAGAAUGAGAUCUAUAUAGUUUUGGAUAGUAUCUUAAUUUCAACUUUCAAGAUAUAUGAAUGCUCUUUCAUUCCAUAUCAGUUACCUUCAACCCUAAUCUUUUCAUCAUCACAUGUUUAACGAUACACUUAGAAAACAUUUUUUUAGGUGUCGUAGGCCUCAUUGUAGUUUUGUCUUCUGUUUCUUGGUGGUUCACUAGGUAAGGCAAGUUCCUCAGGGUUGAUUUGGCAAUCCGUGGCUAAAAUGUCGACGUUGACUGAUCUGUGCCUUUUCGUCGAGCAACUUGCUUUGGCAGAACUAUACAAAAAUUAUACGAUUACCUUAAAUAUGUCAACUUAAUUAGUUGCUUUCUUUGAAAAAUGCUUAUAUCAUUUGUGUUAAUUGCUGCUUUACAAGGACGGGAAAGUCUAUGUAGUAUGCUUUAAAGUAACUUAAAAUUUGUUCCCUUCGACAGAGCACAAGUAUGAGAUUGUGAAGAGGCUACAAGAGAAGAAACACAUUUGUGGAAUGACGGGAGAUGGUGUGAACGAUGCUCCUGCACUGAAGAAGGCUGAUAUUGGGAUUGCAGUUGCUGACGCAACUGAUGCAGCUAGAGGUGCUUCUGACAUCGUCCUCACUGAGCCGGGGCUCAGUGUGAUCAUAAGUGUUGUGCACACCAGCAGGGCUAUAUUCCAGAGAAUGAAAAAUUUCACGAUAUAUGCCGUCUCCAUCACCAUCCGUAUUGUUGUAAGUUCUCUGUAUAUCUGUCGCAACCGUCCCGUCCGGGGGGUCCGAAGGUCGUCGCGUCGGCAUUUUUGGGAGUCGCCAUCGAUCUUACUUGGAGUGGAUCGAACACUUUUAGGAUCAGCUCUAACCCUAGGGUCAGAACCGAGAUAUGGUCUGCGAAAAUGAAGUUCUGGGUUCGGGAGUACGGUUACGUGUGGGGAAGUGAAAUCACACCCCACAACGCCCUAAAUCGGUACUACUUAAGUCGAUAAGUUUCAUAUUAGUUGGGUGUAUAUUUAGUAAUAAUUUAGUAAUUUUAGGGUCCCACUGGACCAUUAAAGAAACUAAAUCGUGUUAGUUGUAAUUAAAUUAUACAUCCACUGACUUAAAAGAUAUAAUUAAUUGGUUAGUUGGACUCGAACCUUACCGGUUGCCUACGUACCCGUUAGACGGGAUCAAAGUCCACGUAGUUCGUUAGGACUUUGAAAAUUUUAUAUAAAAUUAUUACCACAUUCCAUUGAUCGUGGUUCUUGUAUCAAAAUUUAUUGUUAGUAAAAUUUAAGUUGGUAUUAUGAAAUUACAAAAAGAUAAUAUAAUAAUUGCAAUUAUUAAGAGGAGUUUUGAUAUAUUAGAAAAGAAACGAGAUAAACUUAAUCCGCAAUUCUACAUUUCAUAUUAAGGAUUUUAAAUAAAUAAAACUAUACGGGAUGAUAAUAUUAAUGCAUGAGGGCCAGCAGCCCAACUGGCUAAAACGCCAGACCACUCUCGCGUUUGACCCAGAGGACGAUGGUUCGAAACUCGCGGGGGGGAUAAUGUUUAUUAUUUCUCGUUUUGGUGCAGCAAAAGGGGGAAGGGUAUUUUUGUAAUUGCUCAAAAACGCGGUGGCAUGGCUGCGAAAUAAGCUGAAACCCUAGGGGGCAUUUUAGUCUUUUGGAAACAUAUAUAAACAUCUUAAACUGAAUAAAAUUAAAACCCUAGCCCUAAUAUCCCAAAUAGGCCGCCGCUUACCUCUCUCUCUUUCUCUCGCGGCUCUCUCUUCUCCAGAGAACCAAAAACGCUGACCUCUCCUCUCUCUCGUUUUUCCCUUCUCGAUUCUUCUCUUCUCCCUACCAGGCAAACUAAAUCGAACCCUUCGCCCAACAAACGCCGCCAUCUCCUCGUUAUUUCCUCAUCGUCGUCUCCACGACAAACAAAACGAAAUGCAAAUCCCCUAACCCGAUUCUCUUCUUCUUAUUUCUGGAAAUGUCGAAGAUGAGAGGAAGGGCGUCGUCGGCGGCUAAGUUUAAGGUUCGUUUUUGUUUUUGCAUGUGCGAUUUGGGGGUUAUUUGCCGGUUUCAUUUUCGUUUUAUGAUUCUGAUCUUGGAUUGCAUGUGUGUUUUUUUAUUUUCUAGUUAACUAAAACGGGAUUCUGAUAUUUCUGUGUUUGGAUCUUGCGCGAGGGAACGAGGAAAAGGGGAGUAGAUGGUCGCCGGCGGUGGUGUGACGACGUCGACAGGUGAGGUUUUGGUUUUUUUUAUUUUACUUUUGAUUUAUUACUCCUUUGAUCGAAUCUGACCUCUACUCUUGUUUUGUCACAGGUUUUUAAUUCGAAAUUAAUGUAGGUGAGCCCUUUUUUUAACUUAGAUUAUUUGGCUAAGAUAAAUUAAACGAAAAGAUGAAGGCAUUGCUUGGUUUAUUACUUUGGAUUUGACGGAUCUUAGACAGAUUCGAGUUCUGGACUCCUAAAAUUUCUAUAUGCAUUUGGGUUGCAAUUUUAGGUAGAUCUGGGUUUUGCAUGAGCAUAGAUUUGCUAGAGGAUAGCAAUUAACUAGAACUAAUUAAUCUAUAUUUUGCCUAAUUUGUGAGAUCUGGUUUAUUAGCAAGAAUGUUGAUUUUUAGUGAACUAGGAAAUGAUUUACAGAUCUGACUUUUGGUAAAAUCGGUUGUUUUAUAUGCUUUGGACUCAUAAUACGCAAAUCAGGUUCAUAAAAGAAAACACAAUUAGUUUUACUUAUAAUAGGCUAGAUCAUUAAUUAUCACAGCCACUGCUUGUGAUUUGGUAGACUAUUACAUGUAAAUAACUGCUACUGCUUGUGAUUUUGGGUAGGUUAUGGAUAAUGACACUGCUACUGCACAGUAAUUUAAUUAGAAAAAGGAUUUUUUAUUAAUUUGGAAACUGAUAAUAGUUGCCAUAGAUCUGGAUUUGAUUUUGUUUGUUGUGUAUGAUGAUCUAGUGUUUAUCAACUAAUAACCUAAAAGUAAAUAUGAUGACAUAGUAUAAGAUUAUAAGAGACUAUCAAUUGAUGAGAAAAGUAAACAAGUGCUAAAUUG